GAAGGUCUGCAGUCAGCUCUCAUCAUCAAACCAUGACUAUGGAGCAGCAGCCCCUGAGCAGAGCUGUUCGGAAACUCCGUUGUGCUGGCCUUGUCAGUGGGUUGUCAAAAACCUGGCAGGUGUGGGCCAGUGAACAUUCUCAAAAACAGCUUACCAGCCCAAAGGGUUGGCAUCCUGACAUUAUAGAGGAAAAUGGUAAUGCUGAUUUUAAGAAAGAGUGGAGAGUGGACCAAAGCAUUGAGAGAAAAAGUGGAAGACAGGUCAUCUCAGCUGGAAAAGACAGAGUCAAUGCCCUCAUUGCCAAUGUUGGCAACAAAGUUAGUUCUAAAGAGGGCAGCAAAGGUGAGGGCAUCAGCAACAUGUCUCCAACCAGGAGAAGAUGUCAUUCAAGACAGGCAGCAAGUGCGGUGAAAGCAUGGUGUCAGCAUGAACAAGGAAAGGUAAAGGCCAAGAUGGACUCACGAAGCAGCAGCUUAGACACAGAGGACAGUGGCCUCGGGGACGACACAAGCCAAAGUGAAACAGAUGAAGAGAACAAACUGGAAACAAAGACAGACAGACGGCCCAAGAUCUUGGUGGCCACUAUUAAUGAUUUGAGAAGGACUUGGCAGAAGUGGUCAGAGGAGCACAUUGAGCAACAGAAGCUCAACCCGUUCAGUGAUGAGUUUGAUUACGAGCACUCGAUGGCCGUCCGUCUCGUCAAAGGAGAUGUAGGCUAUGGCCGACCAAAGGAGGGCUCCAGAACUGCAGAGAGAGCCAAGAGAGCUCAGAAGCACAUUCACAAGGAAAUGGAGGAGCUGUGUUUUAUCAUCAGGGACGUGGGGGUCCAGUGCAAGGACGGCUAUAUCCGAGUCACUUUUGGGAGACUCUUUGACAGAUAUGUAACAAUUUCUGAUAAAGUUGUAGGUAUUCUGCUGAGGUGCCGGAAGCAUGGCAUGGUGGCAUUUGAUGGAGAGAUGCUGUGGCAGGGACAGGAUGACAAUGUGGUCAUCACACUGCUGGCAUGAUGCUCAUAUUUCUAAUUUCUCGUACAUUUCCUCAUGAAAAAAUUUUGCUUGUUAUUUAUUCUGUUUUCUCAUGAAGACUUUACUAAGCAUGGUGAGAAUUCAGUAUGAUACUGUAAGUCUCUAGACAACUAAAACGGACUCUUGUAUAUUUAAUUAAUUUAGGUUACGUGUUUUCAUUUAACAGUGAAGUGUGAAAGUGCUGGUAAACUCACUCAUGUUAAAUAAAUAUUAUUUUGUAGCUG